AUGCCAAGGGCUAACUCUACGUUUGUGACUGAAUUCCUCUUUGAAGGCUUCUCCAGCUUCAGCUGGAAGCACAGGCUUGUCUUCUUUGUUGUUUUUCUAAUGCUGUACCUGCUGACGCUGUCUGGCAACGUGAUCAUUGUGACUAUUAUCCGCCUGGACCGUCAUCUCCAUACUCCCAUGUACUUCUUUCUGACCAUAUUGUCCAUCUCUGAUACCUGCUACACUGUAACCAUCAUUCCCCGUAUGCUUUCUGACUUCCUGAAUCCUUACCAGACAAUUGCUUUCCAUGACUGUGCCAUGCAGCUCUUCUUUUAUCUCACUUUUGGAAUCAACAACUGCUUCCUACUCAUGGCCAUGGGAUAUGACCGUUACGUGGCCAUCUGCAGCCCUUUACGGUAUUCAGCCCUCAUGAGUAGAAGGGCCUGUGCUCAUUUGGCAUGUGGGUCCCUGGGAAUUGGUCUUGGCAUGGCCAUUGUCCAGGUGACAUCAGUGUUUGGUUUGCCCUUCUGUGACAGUUUUGUCAUCGCCCACUUCUUCUGUGAUGUGAGGCCCCUGCUGAAGCUGGCCUGUUCAGACACCACUGUCAAUGAGGCCAUCAACUUCAUUGUCAGUGUCCUUGUCCUUAUUGUACCCAUGGCUGUAGUCUUCAUCUCCUAUGUGGUGAUCAUCUCCACCAUCCUUAAGAUCACAUCAACUGAGGGUCGGAAGAAGGCCUUCGCCACCUGUGCCUCCCACCUCACUGUGGUCAUCAUCCACUAUGGGUGCACUGCCAUCAUCUACCUGAAGCCCAAGUCUGAGAGUUUCCUAGGGCAGGACAGGCUCAUCUCAGUGACUUACACUGUCAUCACCCCUCUCCUGAACCCUUUGGUUUACAGCCUGCGGAACAAGGAGGUCAAAGAUGCUCUACGUAGAGCAGUGUGGCAAAAGCCCCUCUCUUCUUAG